AGCAAUUGUUUCUUUGCAUUGCCCCGUUGCCUAGCUAGAGGGGGUAAUCGUGCUUCACGUUUUCGGCGCGCUUUUGACACCAGACCUCACCGUGAAACAAGAGAACCGGGUGGGAGGAAGGGAAGCGGCUGUGCAGUAACCUGGGCUGGUACCCACUGGCUGCUUUCACGAUUAGCAAACGUUGCCUCUGACAGUUCCCAAAGGAAGUGCAUACAUCGUGGUGGUUUGCAACUGGCGAGCUCCAUCUUUGAGAUAAAACCAGAGGCGUGGAGUAAUGAGAGUGGAGGAGUGAAAGAGGCAGGUGUCCCAGUGGAACAUUGGUAGACAAGUGGGAGGCCAGGCAAGGAUGCUGGAGGAGGACUCGGACCCAGCCGGUCAAGCUGUGGAGGGAGAAGGAGAGGCAGAAAUGGGGAGCAGAGACUUGAAUGCUGAAGUGGUACGGCUUACUCUGGAGCUCCAGGAGGCCACAGAGGAGAAGCUACAGGCAGCCCGCUAUGGCCUGGUGGUGCUGGAGGAAAGUGCUGCUCUCAAGAUGAAACACAGGCAGCUGGAAGAGGAGCAUGAAGCCCUCAAAGGGGAGCUACAGCAGCUCAGAGAGGCGUUUGCAGAUUCUGUGAGCAGCCAGAAGCGUGCAGCUGCUGAUGGAGAGUGCCGGGAGGAGAACUUGCUGCAGGAGACAGCCACUAAGGAGGCUGCCAUGGCAACCCGCAUAGAGGAAGUACAGGCAGAGCUCAAGCAAGCACGCCUUGCUCUGGGCAAUGCCCACGCUGAGAUCGAUAGACUAGGGGUGUUCUCUGCCCCAGUUAAAGAAGUGGAUUCUGUUCUACAGGAGUGUGAGUGUCUGGAGGCAGAAAAGAGCCAUCUGAGGGAUGAGAUGAAGGAAUAUAAAGUACGUGAGCUGCGCCAGUUGCAGGACAACAGCGAGCUAGAAGAUGAGAACAUAUCUCUGCAAAAACAGGUGUCUGUUCUCAAGGAAAACCAGGUUGAGUUUGAAUCGAUAAAGCUGGAGCUGACCCAGAAGAAUGAGGAGCAAGAGGAGCAGCGAGCUCAGCUGGAGGAGGCAGAAAGGCUGAGGGAGAUAGCAGAGAGGCAGCUGGAAGAGGCCCUGGAAGCCCUGAAGGAGGAGAGGGAGCAGAAGAACAGUCUGCGGCGAGAACUCUCUGCCCUGACCCUUAAUCCCUUUGAUUCUGUGGGGAACCUGGAGCUCCACUUGGAGCAGCUGGAUGACAGCCAGGAGGAGGGUCAGGGGGGAGAGGGAGACGGUGAGGGUCAGGGAGAUGACCAGGAUAGUGGCUUUAAUAAUGGUCCUGGGUCUGCCCCCAGUUCUGCUCACCCUCCUCACUUGGGGGGCUCCAAAAGUAAUGGCCUCAUCCAACGCUACUCCACUCCACGCAACAGUGACGUAUUCCUGCGUGCUCCAGCCUCUGGGCUUGUGUCGGACCUGCUGAGUGAGCUACACUUUUCAGACAGUCAGAAACUAAAACAGCAACUCCUACAGGCAGAACGAGAGAAGUCCAGUCUGGUUAGCAAAGUGGAGGAACUGCAGAUGCAGCUGGUAAUGUCCAAACAGGCACUCAGUCAGCAAGAGGACAAAGUUGGAUCUCUCACCCAACAGCUGGACGCUGUGCGGAGCAGCCAGCAGCACAACCAGGAAGCCGACAACAGGGGAGAAAAUGAGACAGAGAAUAGAGACGGUGGCAAUGCAGUCUUUGACUAUGAGGUGGACACCAAGAGCAAGGAGGUGCUGGAGGCACGAAUGCGUUCAGCCAGUGAAGAGCUUCUGAAGCUGCGAGAUGAACUGUCUCAGGCAGGAACUCGUUAUAACACUCUAGAGCAGCGAUACAAGCUGGAGAAGGAUCGUUGGAGGGCAGAGGCCCAGGAGCUGGCUGACAAAAUCCGUCAAUGCAUCAAGUCCAGCAAGCAGGACCAGGAUCGCAUCAGUGAGCUGGAGAAUGAGAUAGGAGCCACGCGGAAAGUGGCAAUUGAUUCAGAAGGGCACUUGAGCGUUGCCCAGGAAGAGCUGCUGGCCUUCUCUGAGGAGCUGUCCAACCUCUAUCACCAUAUCUGCGUAUGCAACAACUUGACACCCAAACGAGUCACCCUGGACUAUUAUCGAGAUGGCGCCAGAGCAAGUGGUGGAGGAGGUAGUGCACGAAGACCACACUAUGUCUACACCCAGCACAACUCCCAGAAGAAGCCGCGAGCCAAUGACAUGUUCAUCUCCAAAGCUGCGGCAUUGCAGUUUAUGGGGGAGGUGGACAGUGCAGGAGCCAGCACAGAGUCUCCCAACUGCCCUGGAUCCCCCACCCUGGAUUUCAGGGACCCUUCCAACGUACGCAACUUGGUAGCGGUCAUCCGUUGCCAAAUCAAACACCUUCGGGUGGCAGUGGACCUCUGUCGUCAGAGGGGCGCCAUGCCUUACUCGGGGUUGAGCAGCAGCGUAGAGUUAGAGCGGGAUGCUGAAAGCCUCUUGGAAGAAGUACUAAAACUCAAGUCCCUUCUCAGCACCAAGAGAGAACAGAUUGCUACCCUCAGGACUGUCCUCAAGGCCAACAAACAGACUGCAGAGUUGGCCUUGUCCAAUUUAAAAACCAAGUAUGAGACAGAGAAGAGCAUGGUGUCAGAGACCAUGAUGAAACUGCGGAAUGAACUCAAAGCCUUGAAGGAGGACGCCGCUACCUUCUCUUCACUCCGAGUCAUGUUCGCCAGUCGGUGUGACCAGUAUGUCACCCAGUUGGAUGAGAUGCAGAGGCAGCUGGCAGCAGCCGAGGAUGAGAAGAAGACACUGAAUUCUCUGCUACGUAUGGCCAUACAGCAGAAACUGGCUCUUACUCAGCGUUUGGAGGACCUGGAGGCCCCUCUGUCUCCCCACAGCUUGAACAACAGCCCCCGCCGCUCCCGGGCCAAAGAACUGGCCACCAAGUCAGGCCGGGCUCCACGGAGCCCCCGAAGCAGUCCUGCAAGGCCCACACUGAGGAGCAGUCCACGGGCUAGCCCGGUUCUCGGCAGCAGCGUUCCUGCCAUGGCCACGCACCACCUGCGAAGUCUAACCCGAAGCCUCCAUACAAGCCCUCGCUGAAACACUCCUUCCAUUACUCCAAACCCCCUCUUCUCCAUAAGGACCUGUCUUCAUGUUGACACCCCGGCUCCCUUCUCCUUUCCUGACUCGAGACAUCCUGUCCAUCCCAGAUUUGACGUGACAUUCACCACUCUACUCACCAGAACCAUGGAUUUAAAAAAAAGUUUUAAAAAAAAGCAAAACACAAAAACAAACCUCUCAUCCCACCCUCUUGGUUUUUUCUGCUUGGAACGGAGAAACCUGCAUGCAGCCUGGAAAAGGAUGAAGAGACAAAUGUGCUGCUCAUUCCUCUGUGAAGUGAUUGUGUCUUGUCCCAAGUGGAACCAACUUCCAUCUGGUCUUGUUCAAGGCUGUGUGUUGUGGUGAACCAUUGACAGUAUUUAUCAACAAGAUACUUUUCAUGUACAGUAUUUACUGUGUUCAAGGCUAUCAUUUUGUUUUAAGGCUGUAUGUCUUUACACUCUUGCCUUUUGUCUGGCAUCCUGGUCAGGCCUGUCUGGGAUCGUUUAGUGUCGGUAAGCCAUUAGAUUGUCUGUGAUAGCUCUCCCAGGUAGUUUUUUUUUAUAGAAUAAUGCAGCCUUACUAAGUAGAGAGCUUGCUAUCGUCUUGAGGUCCCUACCUUUUACUGGUGGUACAGUUACAUGCCCUUUUUAAUCCUGUGAGUUGUCAGGCUCUUUAGCUUUUGCCUAUCAGCCACACCCUUUAACUAAAGGUCAGUAAACAUGCCAUGUCAUUGAUGGAAAUAAAUCAGCCAUAAAUUCACCACCUCAGGUCAAACAGAGUAGUCAGAUACAUGAUUUGGGAGACCUUUUUAAUGUGAAUCUUACUUUGCAAACUAUGCAGACCAAGUCAGGACAGUGCCUGUGUACUUCCUGCUGUUCGUUAGGAUUAGGGUGCUUUGAAAACUUACCUUUACUUUCAGUAUAAAGUAGCUGGCUGCAGCUGUUUUGCAACAGCCAUUUUGCAUCUCUUUAACAAUAAGAAGCUUUUGAAAGUCAUCUGCAAGAACCCCAUUUGCUGAUGAUGUACUUUCCUGCUGUCGGUUUUAAGUCAAUGUCUCACAUCACUCAAGGUUUGGUUUAUCUAAAACUAAUACUAACAAGGGGCCAUGCUCGUUUCUCUUGAUUACAUAAUCAUAAUAACAGUUCCCAUGCAGCUUCUGCUCCUCUGAACAGCUACUCAACAAUGCUUAUGUUUUGUUUUUCAUCAUUUAAUGUCACCCUGCUUUUGUGUGCUACCAAAGUGCGCAUGUUGUUAUGAACUAGUAUUAUCCACAGUGAGCUAGUUUUCUUUUCCUGUGGCUAGAGCAUCCAUUGUUUCCAGUUAGGAAUGCUAAUAGUGCUUGCAGACUGCUAUUAGGGUUGCUGCUUGUAGAAAAACUAAAUAAUAAUAUUGUCCCAUAAUUCUAAAACCUAUAGUAGCACAUUAUGACUUAAAAUAAAAAAUGAAAUUUAAAUAAUAAUAAAUUUUUAGAAAACAAAAUAUUUCAAAGCAAAAUGUAACGCAAACAUGACUGCUUUACUAGUCAGAGCUCCAUAAGCAGGGAGCCCAGAUUACAAAGGAAGGAAAAACAUGUAAAUGUACAUGGAUCUGUUGAUACGCCAACACUGGUUGCUUAUAGAGUAGUUUGAAGCCAGGGGCUGUAAUUUGACAGCAGUGCAAAUGUCAACAUUUGCUCUGUAACAACACCUGUCUCAUUGAAUGCAGUUUAAAUUCAAGUUGAAUUGACCUGAUGAGACCAAUCAUGAUGUUUUAGACCGCAUUUGGAAACGACUGUUUGAAAAAUGAGAACUAAAUGCAAGAAAAUGUUGACAUUAAUUUUUGUUAGGUCAACUAUCCUGCGGUUUAGUAGAAGAGGUCACAUCCUGCUGAUUGUUGUUUUUGUUUUUUGUGCCUUUGUUGUUUUUAGACCGCUCCACAUUUUCUAAACAGAAGCAACUAUUCAACACUCUAGUUGUGAUGUUUUUUGACUGUAUGUUUUACUUUUGAGGAAACUAUAACCAGUGUUUUAGCACUGAAUUAAGUGAUAUCUCAUUUUGGUAAAAUAUUUUCACUUUUUAGCAUGCCAUGUAUGAAGUCAUUAGUAUGAACUAAUGAAUAAUUUGACAUUAGUUUCCUCUGAAAUUAAUGAUCCCUAUCUGCUGUAUAUUUUGAGAUAACUGUUACUGUAAGAAAGGUUUCUGUAUAAAGAUUAUGAACUCAGAAAAUGAAGAACAUAAUGCAUCAAAAACAUUAUAGAUUGAAUGUUGCUAUGAGGUUUUGAAAGUGAUUUCAGAAAGCAUUUUUAGACUGGACUGUUGAUGGUGACUAUGAACUCCUGCUAAAAAGUGAAAAUGCUUUAACAUGAUGUUACAUUGCUUUGAAGGUUGUAAAUUGAUUUCUUUAUCUAUUUAUUCACUCUGUGCAUAUGUGUUUAAUUUAAUUACCAUUGUUGUGUAAUAUUUUAACUGUAUGUAUGUGGUCUGCAUUCUGUGUAAAUUGUUCUGGAGGAUGACGAGCACACACUCCGCAUAACACAUUUUUAUGUGUAUGAAAGUUCCUCUCAUUGACCUGUGAACCACUUUUCUCAUGAAGAAUAAAAAUAAGCCAACACUG